AUGAAUCACGUCCAAGGCUUCAACAUCGAGGACCUGGCUCCAGGAACACCGGCUUUCGAACUUUCUCGUGCACUGCCACAAAACGCUGCAAACCCAGUAUCAGGCAACGUGACCCGACCCGCAAUGGAAUGUGCCGAUCACGAUGAGAUGCGUGAUCACGGGGAAUGGCGCCCAUACCUGCUUCAGAGACGAAUGUUUCACGCCUUCAUUGCUACAUAUUUGCUAUUGGGUAUCGGAUUGGAAACAAUUUUUGUCAUCUCUGAGAGGCAUCAAGGCCUGAAAAUAGCGUCUGCUAAUGGUACAUUUCUCUACAUAUGGACCUAUGGUCCCACACCCCUCCUGAUACUUAUCACUGGUGUCUGGUCUUAUAUCGACUUCCUCGCAAAAUUUUUGUCUCCUUGGAUCAGACUUCGCGGCACGAAAGCUGGGCUGGAUGUCCAGGAGAGUCUUACAUUAGACUAUCUUCCCUCGCUCUGGAUCCGCGCACCCUUUCAAGCGAUGCGGAAUCGGGAUCGCCUUGUUGCCGGAACCACCGUUGUAUCGUUGUUCCUCAAGAUCAUGACCAUCUUUUCGUCUUCGAUGAUCAGAGUCAAGAGCAUGGAAGUCGCCACCGCUGUCGAGCUACGCACUUCCUUUCUCGAUGACCCCUCACGUCUGGCAAACCCAAAGGUUCUGUCACUCUUCAACACUAUCGGCAUACGCAAAUACAGGAUGAACUAUCCUCGUGGGAUCGUGCAAGACUUUGUAUAUCAAUUAGUUGAGCCCGAUCCCGACUCAGUCUUGCGAUGCAUGCGCAAAUCGAAGGCAUGA